AUGACUGCAUCAGUAGACACAAAGACAGUUGAGGGACAAAUCAAUGAUUUGAAAAUCGACUCAACCGAAUCAUCAACUACAAUUCCAAACAAUGGCAAACAAGAAUCAGAUAAUGAAGAUGAUGAAGUAGAUGAAUCUUCUACUACACAAUUAUCAUCAACAGGUGAUAAGAAAAAGAAGAAAAAGAAGAAUAAUAAAAAGAAAAAGAAAAAGAUAGUUUCUAUUGAUUCAUCUUAUCCAGAUGGUGUUUUCCCAGAAGGUCAAUGGAUGGAAUACCCAUUAGAAAUCAAUUCAUAUCGUACUACAUCAGAAGAGAAACGUUAUUUAGAUAGACAAGAAAAUAAUAAAUGGGAAGAUUUUAGAAAAGGUGCUGAAAUUCAUAGAAGAGUUCGUCAUAAAGCACAAAGUAGUAUUAAACCAGGUAUGUCAAUGAUUGAAAUUGCUGAUUUAAUUGAAGAUUCUGUUCGAAAUUAUGCUGCUGCUGAUCAUACUUUAAAAGCAGGUAUUGGUUUUCCAACUGGUUUAUCAUUAAAUCAUGUUGCUGCUCAUUAUACUCCAAAUACUGGUGAUAAAUUAGUAUUAAAUAAAGAUGACAUUAUGAAGGUUGAUAUUGGUGUCCAUGUUAAUGGACGUAUUUGUGAUUCUGCAUUUACCAUGACUUUUAAUGAAGAAGGUAAAUAUGAUAAAAUUAUGGAAGCUGUUAGAGAAGCCACUUAUACUGGUAUUAAAGAAGCCGGUAUUGAUGUUAGAUUAAACGAUAUUGGUGAAGCUAUUCAAGAAGUUAUGGAAUCUUAUGAAAUGGAAGAAAAUGGUAAGAUUUUACCAAUUAAAUGUAUUAAAAAUUUGAAUGGUCAUAAUAUUGGUGAUUAUGUUAUUCAUUCCGGUAAAACUGUUCCUAUUGUUGCCAACGGUGAUAUGACUAAAAUGGAAGAAGGUGAAACUUUUGCUAUCGAAACUUUUGGUUCUACUGGUAAUGGUUAUGUUUUGCCAGAAGGUGAAUGCUCACAUUAUGCCAUGAACACUGGUGUUGAACAUUUGAAAGCUCCAUCAGAAAGAUCAAAGCAAUUGUUACAAAACAUUAAAGAUAAUUUCGGUACUUUACCAUGGUGUCGUAGAUAUUUGGAAAGAGCUGGUGAAGAAAAAUAUUUGUUUGCAUUGAAUCAAUUGGUUAGACAUGGAAUUGUUGAAGAAUAUCCACCAAUUGUUGACAAGAGAGGAAGUUAUACUGCUCAAUAUGAACACACUAUUUUGUUGCAUCCACAUAAAAAAGAAGUUGUUACAAAAGGUGAUGACUAUUAG